AUGCCGGAGAAAACGUUUCUUUGGAUGGCAUUUGUUGCCGUUGUGGUAUUAUGUCAGUCUGAAACAAUCGUGGAAAGACUGAAAGGUGCCAAGAAUGUAAGGAAAGGCGAUUUCUCCUUCACGGUGAAAAUAAAAAGAAACGGAAAUGAUGUUUGUAAUGGUGUGAUGGUGGAUCGGAAAUGGAUUCUGACUUUGAGAAACUGCAUAAACGACCGGAAAUUGGGAAGUUACAAAGCGUAUUUCACACCUAUGGACUCUAAAGCAGCAAAAUCUGACCUCGUACGUUCUUUCAAAGCAUUUGCGUCAAAUGAUGCCAACGACGACAUUAUUCUUUUGAGGCUGAAUAAGAAACUUCGCAGACGACGAGACGGAGUGCGGCCAUUUGACAGAAUAAUUUCUGGAAAGAAUGAAGGACAAUUAACAAACUGCAAAGUUAUUGGAUUUUCCUCCAACGGAAAAAUUUACAAGAAAGUUGACGUCCGCAUGAAUUCAGCUAGCAAAUGUGGUACAAGCAAAAAGAAAACAGUAUGCCUGAAUACAUUUCGAGGCAAAGUUUGUGAGGAAGACAAUGGUUCACCCAUUGUCUGUAAAGUAGACGAAGUUGCGGAAAAGAAAUGGUACUUGAUGGGCCUUGCAUCAGUGAAGAAAGGAUGUAAAGCUAGUAAAAUUGGAGGAGUGCGGCUAUCUUCCAAAAAAGAUUUCAUUUCUUGUGUUGUCAGUGGAAAAUGCCCCAAAGAAGUACCUAAAGCAGAGCUUGGUGAGGCGUGUGUGAAUGACAAAGAUUGUGUUAUUAACACAAUUUGUAAUGGAACAUGUGUUUGCCCACAAGGAUAUAGAAAUGUUUCUGGAAUUUGCAAAGCGUGCGAAGGGUAUGCUUGUGUCUCGGCGUUGACUGAAGAGAGUAAUGAAGAGUGCAUUAUUUGUAAUCCAGAAUGCAAUUCAACAUUCACAGUGUUUCGAGACAUUAAUGUAGAGUUUCUGAAUCCCGAUUCGGAUUCGUGCUAUUCUGAGUCCGCUGGCGGAUAUUUCAAAAACAGAUGCAGACGAAUAUGUGAUAUCACCCCAAUUUGCAAACACGGCUUUCAACUGGACGAUGUUUGCAACAUCUUUACGUUUGGCUGCUUACUUCGCGUAACAAAAGGUGGUAAUAGCUCUUUUUGGACUCGAGGCUGUUAAAAGCUUCAAAUAUAAAGGACAUAAAGGCUGAGGACUGAGGAGGGGGUGAAUAAGAGGGAUUAAAUUUUAAUUCUUUGUGUGUUCCAAAAAUAUGCUCCUAGUACACGCACGCACACACGCCUUUUUCUAACAAAAAAAAAAAAUAAAAUAAAGACAAUGUCACAUGGGAAAACACAAAUAGCACACCUUAUCACCCAAUAGCUCCUGAUAGGCUUUCUGUAAGACUGGUAUUAAGGUUUGUUUCACACAUCAUUGACAGAUUCCAUUUGGAAUGUUGUAUCAGAACCAUUAUCUUCGGAUAUUGAACGACAUAAUUAAGAAAACGGGUUCUUACACAUGUUUAUCUCGGAGAUAAGAAUGUUAUCGCCUUUACUAGAAUUGUUCUGUAGUUUGAUGCGGACAUCACACAGCUCUGAAAUACUAGUAUGCAUAGAAAAUUUUACAUAUAGAUAUUAUUGAACUGUGGGUUAUUGCACUGGGAGCAGAAAACUUUCUUUCAUAUAAGAAGGCAUGAGGGCUCGAUCCCACGACCUCCAGAAUGAGCAGCCAACAUUUUUUUCAUUUGAUCGACCAAAUUUUACGUCAUGAUCUUUAUGGAACAGCUAACAGUAAGAAAUAGAAAAGCUGUAAUAAAUUAAUUGCCUUCAUUACAAAAACAUUCGUGUGACCGUUGAUAUAUUUAUAUCGUUUCCAAUUCAUUGGUCAUAGAAAUCCAGUGAAAAGAAAUGUUUUGGAAUGUUUUCAUGUUAAGUCAAAAACUUUAAAUAAAUGAAAUUUAUACGUGAUUAUAAAAUAUUGUGAUGCAUACAUAAACCUCUCAAAAAGCAAACUCAUUCCUAUAUUUGUAGUUUAGGAAAGUUUCAUGUAUUGUGGUGUUUGUUUUUGUUUUGGACUGUAUUUGUAUUGUCAUAAACUGGCAGCUUGUCACGCACGCACGCACGCACACACGCACGCACACACGCACGCAAACACUUUCCUCCUGCUCAGUCCUCUGUUUUGAAAACGAUUUUACGCAUUUAAAUAAAAAACACAGACAUUUUAUCAAAGACGAAAUGUUAAAGUUCAUUAUAUCACAAUGAUUUUUAUUUUAAUUCCAUGGGUUCUGUAACUUAGAUAUUUAGAAAUUUUAUUGGAUACUACUACGUUCAAAAGAAAUAAACACUGAAAGUUUU